UUCACCAGGAAUUUGAUGCAAGAAGUACACAGACUGAGUGAAAAGGCAGAUUCUUGAGCAUAUAUAUAUUUAAAGAGAGAAAAAAACAGAAAUCAAACGGUCCAUUUUGUGGUUUGCCUGCUGCUUCCUUUUAGACGUAAAAAAACUCAAGACACAGAGCCUUUCAUCACCAUCACCUCCACCACAAUCUACUUCGCUCUGUCACUCUCUUCUUUCUACAUACAGAUUUUAAAACAUGGCACAGAAUGAUUCUCUUUCAGAGUUCUUGCAGACUGCUGUUGAGGCAGCAAAGAGAGCUGGAGAGAUAAUCCGUGAAGGAUUCUACCAGACCAAGCAUGUGGAGCAUAAAGGCCUGGUGGAUUUAGUUACUGAGACUGACAAGGCUUGUGAGGAUCUUAUUUUUAAUUAUCUCAAACAGCAGCACCCCUCACAUAAGUUCAUUGGGGAAGAAACUACUGCUGCCUGUGGUAUUACAGAACUGACUGAUGAACCGACAUGGAUAGUUGAUCCUCUUGAUGGAACAACCAACUUUGUCCAUGGGUUUCCCUUCGUGUGCAUUUCUAUUGGUCUUACAAUUGGAAAAGUUCCUACAGUAGGUGUUGUUUACAACCCAAUAAUGGAAGAGCUUUUUACAGGCGUCCAUGGAAAAGGUGCAUUUCUGAAUGGAAAACCCAUAAAAGUAUCAUCUCAAAGUGAGCUUGUGAAAUCUCUUCUUGCAACAGAGGCUGGAACAAAACGUGACAAGUCUACUGUGGAUGCCACUACGAACAGAAUUAACAGCUUACUUUUCAAGGUGAGAUCCCUUAGGAUGACUGGCUCCUGUGCAUUGAAUCUUUGCGGAAUUGCAUGUGGAAGGAUUGAUUUGUUUUACGAAACCGGAUAUGGAGGCCCAUGGGAUGUGGCAGGUGGUGCUGUGAUUGUCAAAGAAGCUGGAGGAAUCGUUUAUGACCCAUCUGGUAAAGAUUUUGACAUCACUUCUCAAAGAGUCGCAGCUUCAAACCCGCUUUUGAAGGAAGCAUUUGUUGAGGUUUUGCAGCAAUCAGAAUGAGACAAUUCAAUAUCCUUUGAUCUUAUAGACAGUAUCUAGUGAUGAGCUCAGUCGAUAUCAUCAUUAAGGCUUAAAGAAGCAUCUCUAACUGAGAGAGUGGCAACAUCAAUAAUGAUUCUUCCAAUUUGUUGUGGUUUUUAAACAAUGCCUACUUAUAUGUAUACUCUAAUUGAGAAGACAACUACCAUUGUUGAUCAUGCAGACCACCAUGUUACACAGAUUGUGUGGUUUAUAUGCCAGUUUAUCUACACUCCUCAUUGAGCAAGGAUCAUGCCUUGUUGAACCA